UGGGUGCGCGCACAUUGUAACUCUGGGCGGAAGUUCGAAUCCCUAUGUGCCACGUAUGGGCGGAAGCUGUCAUGGUCACAUGACGGCGGAUACUCAGUGGCGCGGCGGGUUCCGGGGCGCGAUCCGUGCGCCGAUUAUGGAGGCAUAUAUAAGGAGCAAAGGGGUGAGAUGACAGCACCUCCUGACAAAGAGGGGAGACCCACAAAACGACGUCCGUUGAGGGUACACGGUGUCCCUGGAUGGCCUGUGGGAACAUGCCUGCUACAGGGGGUCUUCAAACAUGGAAAAACUGCAGCCAGGUUCGGCCAGUCAGGAGAAGCCUCCGCCGAGGGCCACACAGAAGAGCCAGCCUAGAAACGCUCCCACAGCUCCGGAGUCUGACAAGGACUCUGGAUUUUCAGAUGUAGCGUCGGAGUGCCUGAGCUCUGUGGAGCAGACUGACAUGGAGGAGUGCCCCCCAUCAUCCCACUGGAGCAGCGCUGAGAAGCCCCCGAGGGGUCACCCUCCCCCUCUGCUUGUCUUGAAGAAUUUGCUGGUUGAUCAGGGGUCUAGAGCCGACCCAUCUGUCCGGUCCUGCUGCGUCCAUCCCUCCUAUCAGCUGCUCCCAUCUUCUCCACAAAUCCUGUUAUUUCCCCCCUCGGUGCCAGCCUCUAGGCCUCCGCCCGUCUGCACAAAGUCCACCAACUACUUGCCUAUCCUGAACUCUUACACCAAGAUUGCUCCUCAUCCAUCUCAGCUCUCCUCCUCCCAUUUACCCCGUCCCAAUGCCAACAAGAGGGGGUGUGAUCCAUCCCAGCAGAGUCAGGCCAAGAGGCUUCCGUCAGGAUCACAGCGCCCUACGGCCAAAGGUAAAAUGUCAGCCGCCCCCGAAACUAACAUACAAAAGGGCGUAGUGCUGAGCGAGGAUGUGUCCUGCUGUCAGCACGGUCUGACCACCCCAGAAAAACACUCGGGUGACACCACAGACACAGGAGAACCUGUAGCCUCCUCAAUAAAUGUCCCCUGCACCAAGGAUGAGGUGCUCCCCGUCCAGCAGCAGAACAGGAGCCGCCGCUUUCAGAAUACACUGGAUAUAUUGCGCAGCUCCGGCCUGCUGAGCAUUGCUAUGAAAACCAAGGAGUUGGCUCGACUGAACCAUGCCACGCAGAUACAGCUGGAGCGGCUGCAGGAGCAUGUGGCCCUCUACACUAAGGCCAUCUGCAGCAAUAACCCUCAGGAUUGGCAGACGUUACAGGAGGCCCUGGUGAGAAGUCACAUCACACUGAAAAAGAUUGAUAUGUGAGGCCACCGCAGGCUCCAGGGUCCUGGCCAUGUCUGGAUCAUUCAGUGGUAUCCGGGCAGUGUUUCCCUUCCUGCUGCAGACCUGUGAGAUAACAUGUCAGGCUGGACAUAAAGGGGUACAGUCUGCAAACAUUCGCCAGGAAAACCGUCCGGAGAUAAAGGGGUUACAGUCUGCAAACAACCGUCUGGAGAUAAAGGGGUACAGUCUGCAAACAACCGCCAUGAAAAGAGAUAAAGGGGUACAGUCUGCAAACAACUACCAUGAAAAGAGAUAAAGGGGUACAGUCUGCAAACAACCACCAUGAAAAGAGAUAAAGGGGGUACAGUCUGCAAACAACCGCCAUGAAAAGAGAUAAAGGGGUAUAGUCUGCAAACAACCGCCAUGAAAAGAGUUAAAGGGGUACAGUCUGCAAACAACCGUCUGGAGAUAAAGGGGUACAGUCUGCAAACAACCGCCAUGAAAAGAGAUAAAGGGGUACAGUCUGCAAACAACUACCAUGAAAAGAGAUAAAGGGGUACAGUCUGCAAACAACCGCCAUGAAAAGAGAUAAAGGGGUAUAGUCUGCAAACAACCGCCAUGAAAAGAGUUAAAGGGGUACAGUCUGCAAACAACCAACAUGAAAAGAGAUAAAGGGGU